AAAGCCGCUGAGGAAUGUUCUCGCCUGACGCACACACACCCAGAUGGGUAUAAUGGAGCCAUACUUCAAUGUCUUGCUGUUAAUACAGCUUUGGGAUUAGACCCAACAAAGAAUCUGGAUCCUGUACAUUUUAUAUGUUCUCUUGAAAACAAAAUGGAGAAUAUUGAACUGAAGGGUGAUAAGAAAACAUAUUCUGAAAGCCUAAAGAAGAUUAAAGACAUAUAUCUUAAAAAGCAAGAAGAUAUAUCAGCUGAAGAAAUUGCUGAAUACUUAGGUAAUGCUGUAUCAGCACAAAGAUCGGUACCAACAGCAAUAUAUUCCUUUCUAAGAGGUCUCUCUCCGUUCCUGGAGUAUGAGAGUUCAAAUCCAUUUGUGCGUACUCUGUUCUUUGCAAUAUCAGUUGGAGGAGACACUGACACCAUUGCUUCUAUGGCUGGAAGUAUAGCAGGUGCUUAUCAUGGAGCAGAUUCAAUCCCACAAAAAAUGAAGAAAAGGUGUGAGUUAAUAGAUGAAGUAACUGAACUAGCUGAUAAAAUUUUUGACAAAACUGAAAAAGACAAUUCCUGAUUGUAAAAUAAGCAUCAUAUAGUAUUUUAUUAUUAAAUGCUCCUCAAAUUGCUCUUUAUAGUCCAUUGUACAUUUUGGACACAUGAUAUUAAACAUUCUUUAAAAAAAGAAAA